AUGGAAGAAUCAGUGAGAAAAGUGUGCAGGGCUGUCGAACACUUUAUUGAGAACUUUCCGCUUUAUGAUAAAUCUCAAUGCGUUUCGUAUGAUGCGUGUGAUCCAAUGCUCAACACAAAGAUACCAGAUUUCAAAUGUGAAAAAGGUUUUGGCACAGAUGUGGAAUGCAAUUGCACAGGUGAGAUGCUUUCAUUGCACUCUCCAGUGUUACUUCAUGCUCCAUUUGUAAAACCUGGCUCAGACGAGAUCUUUGCAUGUCUUACAAAAACGAUUGGAGAGAUUUAUUACGAAAAUCGAAUGCAAAACAAGCACAUUGUUAGGCAAGUGGUGGGCUCUCCUAGAGGAAUGGGUCAACUAUAUCCUGGUAGUAAAUGGAGAACAACAACCAAAGAGAUAUGUAAAAGUGGAGCACCGGCCACGGAUUGUCCCAAUUUUGAUUUCAGAACUCGGCCAUGGUAUGUGAAUGCUGCCUCGGGCUCAAAGUCCAUAGUUUUCGUUCUUGAUGUCUCUUCUUCCAUGAGCAUGAACCAUAGAAUUGAAAUUGCUCUUUUUGCUGUAGAAAAUGUCAUAGACAGCCUCACUGAACGAGAUCGUGUUGGAAUUGUUUUUUUCAGCUCUUCUGCUUUCUUUUGCCCGCUACAUGGAAAUAGUCUCCUUUAUGCCACUCCUGACAAUAAGAAACUCUUGAAAGCCUGUAUGGAAGACAUGAUGUCAUUUGGAGAAACAAACUUUGAAAAUGCGUUCGAAUUGGCUUUUGACUUGUUUGAAUUAGAAGCUGCAGAUACCUCGUUCAAUAGCACACCUACUUGUGAAAAGGUCAUUUUGUUUUAA